UGUUACUGAACCUUCUCACUUGGAUUUGUGAUGAUGCCGAGUCAGCGCUUCUCUGACUCGCCCACCGCAGCAAAUGUCACAUGAUCUCCAGGGGAAUUAAUCAAGCUCACGCUCGCAUGGCAGAUUGGAAAGAUCCAGUUCUGCUUCCGGUGAGGUUCAGGGACUUGCACUUGCGCAACUUCUCCGGCAGAGUGCGCCAGAGAGCGGCUGGUUCCGAUGAAGAGAGGACUUGGGCUCGAUCACGUGACGAGCUUCACGAGCGGCUUCGCUGACACCAGUGCGCGUGCUGGUUCGGUGGUAGUGGAGCGCUGGACGGGGAGCCCGUGAGCAGCCUGGAGGAGAUGGAGGACAAGGCCAUGUACCUGAGCACCUACGAGGAGCGAGAGAGCGGAUCCCUGUAUGAAGACACUUAUGAGGGACACAACCUCUCCAAACUCAACCUGUGCGACCAAGGUGGCGGGACGCGCCGCAGGAAGCAGGAGCAGCUCUGCGCUCAGCUCAACUCGCUGGCGGCCAUCAAGUACGCCGUCGUGUCCCUCUACGUGCUGGUCCUCCUCACCGUCCUGGGCCUCUGCCUGGCAGUUUCCCGCUCUCAGGUGGCCCAGCGGCAGGAGGUCCUGAGGAACAACGCGACCGGGCCGGCGUCACGCUCGCCGCUGCUCCAGCAGACGCUGGGCGAGGCGUCCGCUCAGGCUGACCUGCUGGAGAACAUCUGGAAGCUGGAGAACCUCUUCCACAACCACAGCGAGCGGCUGCAGCGGCUGGAGAGCUUCAUGAAGGUCCUGGAGGUGGAGCUGAGGAGCACGCGGGCCCAGUCGCUGCAGUCGGAGGGCUACCUGGUGCACCUGGACGAGCGGCUGUCCUCGCUCAGCAGCGCCACCAGCAGGAACAUGACGGGACUGAGCGGGGAGGUUCUGCGGGCCUCCACCUGGCUGCACGACCAGCACCUGCUGCUCAGGGAGACGGCGGGGCAGCUCAGCGGUCUGCAGGAGAAGCUGGACCAGGUCAACUGGACGGUGGGAGCUGUCAAUCACACGGUCAGCAAUGACAUCAGCGUCCACCACCUGAAGAUCCGGGACCUGCAGAUCCAGAUCAGCAACAUCAGCGAGGACACGUCCAGUCUGUGGGUGACCCACAUCCACACCGAGGCCCAGCUGCGGAACGAGAUGGACCUCCUGAACACGGUCACCGAGGAUCUGCGGCUGAAGGACUGGGAGCACUCGCUGGUGCUGAAGAACCUCACCUCCCUGGAAGGACCUCCAGGACCAAAAGGAGAGAAGGGGGACAGCGGUCCUCUGGGGCCCAUGGGGGCCCCAGGGUUAACAGGCCUGAGAGGCUUCGCCGGGGCGAAGGGACCGCCCGGAGCUCGCGGUGUCCAAGGACCCGCUGGGGACGUGGGCGGUGUCGGGCAGAAAGGAGAUGCGGGCGCCCCCGGAGCUAAAGGUGACCGAGGCGAGCGCGGGAUGAAAGGAGCCAAAGGAGACAGAGGAGAGAAGACAGCAGUGGAGGAGGCACUGGUGCGGCUGGUGAACGGGUCGGGACCCCACGAAGGUCGAGUGGAGGUCCUCCACGAGCGGCGCUGGGGAACCGUCUGCGACGACGUUUGGGACCAGAAGGACGGCGACGUGGUCUGCAGGAUGCUGGGGUUCAGCGGCGCCACCGAGGUCCACCGGACCGGACGCUUCGGCCACGGCACGGAUCUGAUCUGGAUGGACGACGUGGCCUGCUCCGGGGACGAAGAUGCCAUCCACCAGUGUCCGUUCUCCGGCUGGGGAAAGACCAACUGCGGCCACGUGGAGGACGCCGGCGUCACCUGCCGGGUCUGACCCCCGACGGCUCAGAGGUCAGCGUGGCUUUUGAGGAGGCCCAGUUUGUGGACUGACUUGUUCCCUCUGGACCUGUGACUCCACUGUUGUUGGAACCAAACUAACCGACCUGCGUCUCCACCGAGGAAGAUCACAGACAUGCUGCGUCAGACACACACGCUCGUCUCUCUGGGGACCUCUCCUGGCCAUCACCCUUUCCCCAGCCUCUCCCCCUAAACACAAGGCUCACCUGGACCAGGACUCUGAACCAAACGGGAACCCGGUUAGAUGUCCCCACGAGGAUAGUGUUUUGUCAAGAAUCGGUCCCCAUGAGGCAGCACCCGCCACACCCAGGGUCCAACACUCACAUUGUUGCUCAGCAUUUUUCUA